ACAGAGUAAGGAAGAGGAAACAAUAGGAUAGCUGGCCACAGUGCUAAGCCUCCUAUGUGGACUUUGCAGAAGCCGGUGGCACUCCUGUGUUUCUGAUUAGAGGAGGACAUGCAGGUUAGCUAGUAUACCAUGCCUUGUCUUCUGCAUGGCCGUGUUGAGGUUUACAGAGAGCUGGUACUAGCAGGAUCUUACUGGAAUGGAGGAGAGCAGGAGGAUGACUGGCCUCUGAUCUGAUCUGAUCUGAUCUGUUCAUACUGUGAUCUCCUGCUGCUGCUGUCUCUAAGCUCCAGCUCUCAGACAGAAUGCCAUGGGGAACUGCUGGACUCACUGUUUGGGGCUGUACAGGAGGGAAGCCAACAGAAUUCAGAGAGGAGGAGGCUCAAAAUACUUCAGAAGCAGCACAGUUGGUGAACACACUACUAUAGAAUUUGAGAACCUGGUGGACAGUGAUGAGGGUGAGAGCUCACAGAGUUGUCCCAGGCCCAUCAGCGAGGAGGAGAUUGGACAUCUCAAGGAACUACGCUAUGGUGCUAUCACCGACAAGCAGACACUAAUCGAUGAGAAGCUGACUGCAGAGUUAGUUGCACAAGAAGAGAAGUUAAGGCUAGAAGAGGAGGCUAUAUGCGCAGCCCAACGCGAGGCUGCCAAGCUCGCAAAGGAGCGAAAGCUAAAGGAGCAGCAGCUUGCGCAGAGGAGCAGGGCCAGAGUGGAGGCAGAGGGUAGCGGCACUCAUCGCAAACACAGGCCAUCAGGUGGAGAGUUUGAAGUGUAUUUGCAGAGUGUGAAGGCUCAGUCAGAGGCGUUCCGCAGCAGCCGGCUCUCUUCUGAGACGAAUGUAGUGACUCCUAACACGGAGAGCAGCUGGGACUUCACCAGUAAAACUCGCUCGACCAACGACGAUGCCACCUCACUUGACCUGGAGUGGGAGGAUGAGGAGGGUAUGAACCGAAUGGGUCCUGCAUGGGAGCGCUCCAAGACAGAAGAGGACAUCUUGCGAGCUGCACUCUGUCCUGGCGGCAGACAGUUGGGCAGUGGCCCGCCGUCCGCCUCAGAAGAUUCCAACGCACUGGAGUGGGAGAACGACUUCGUCAGUGCACACGCGGAAGACAUCGGAGAUCAUGGAGAUGAGGAGUUUGAAGGAUUUGUUAAUCCGGUACUGGACACUCCGUCUGAGGAGACCGAGGUCAAGCCUAUCACUGACCAGCAGGACAGAUAGUCAGGAGCUGAUCUGCUGUGUGUAAAAAAAAAUAAUCAUUUAAUUCAGCCUUAUUUAAGAGAUCACUGAUGGUGGAUUUGAAUCAAGUGCAAUUUUUAAAGAUCUGGAUGGAUGAGGAAAAGUCAUACAAUGUAUUGUAUUGAGAACUGGUUGAAACAUUCUCAUAUCUGUCUGUCUGUUAGUCAUGGACUUACCUGUUCCUUAUUUUAGGUUUUAGGCAUUUUUUUUUUAAACUGAAUUCAGUGUUUUUUUUUUUGCAACCACAGGGCCGAGUAGCCAUACCUCAUUAUAUUCUAAUCAGGGAGGAGAGCAGAGAUGCUGAAUGUUGCACUUGGACCUGUAGCUUUUUUUGUAAUUUUUUCUACAAAGUUGAUUUUUGCACAGUUUAGGCUGAGGGUGAGUCAAAAGUCACAGAAAACCCUUUUUAUUUCAGAAAUCAAAGGGAAAUAAAUAAAAGGGAAAAUGACUCAUUUGAACAUUCAUUUUGAAAACCGCCAUAUUUCGUUUCUGAAAUAAAAUGGUAUCCUGCGACUUUUGACUCACCCUGUAGACUGUUUGUCACAAUAUAAAGAAAAUGCCCAUUCUAAAAUACACCCACUUAAACUGACCACACAUUUUUGCUGUUUCACUUUUUCUAGCUUUGACAACUAUAAAAACAAUUGCAAACAAGUUGUGAUGACUUGAUUUUGCAGAUGCCUCAAGGAUGCAUUCAAAAUUUGAAAUUGUAAAAACUCCGCAAGUGCUUUUUUGACAUUUGAACUGUAAACACUUAUAUUUCUUUGGUCUGAUUAGUUCCAGCACUAAGUUACAACCGAUUACAUGCAACAUAGAGAUUGUUGCGGCAGCUGGAAGAUUUUUUUGGAGGCUUAGAUUUUGAUUUACAAUUCAGAAUGCUCUACUAAUGAACUGGUUUAUUUAAUAUGGAUGAAUGAAAACUACUGUCAAACUUCACCUUUAAAACAUAUCCCUUAAUCUAGUUUCAGCUAGCUGGUUCAGUCCAAGUAUUAAUUUUAAUUGAAGAAUUUAAGUAUUUGUAGCAUUGUAGCUAAUUGUAAGGUACUUCAUCCAUGUGCAGAUAAACUCCCCUUGAUCAUAUUACCCACUUAUAAAAGCUCUGUUCACACCUGGUAAUUUAAAUGCGUCUCCUGUGAUUGCAUGUCAUCUGAUUUGUCACAUUAUUCCUGCUGGAGGAUGGGCCAGUUAUGGUAGAAGACAACAAGUUUUCUUCCUUGUUUGGGAGUCCUCAACUCAAAAUGGGAGGAGGCACCUAGUUUAGCUUGUUCACCAGCUACGAGUGUCACACAACAGGGACAGUAACACAAGUAAAUGCUGUUCUGACAAUGGAGACAAAUUGAGACGCUUCAGUGUGUGCUUUGAGUGAUUGCACUAUGAUGCAUCCUUGAGAUGCAUUGUAUGCUCUUCCACUUAUAAUCAGACCUUCAGAUUACCCAGGGUGCAUUUUAAUGCCAGGUGUGAACGGGAUCAAAAACUAAAUUCCAUGAUGUUCUAUAGAAGGAAAUACCUACAAGUCAAAAGCUUUAUUUGAACAGGAUAUGUUUUACCUGGGGAGGUGGGGUAUUGUAAUUAUAACUAAUUUUCAAAUUUUCCUUUUCCUUAACCUCGGGCAAAUCCAGAAAACAAGUUAAAAGGACUGCUCAUAGGUGUGGCGAUUCUGCAGCUGUAGGCAAGUCAGUGUGUACAAUAGUCUUAUAGCCUUAAUACGUGUUAGGAACAUGUAGCUGCUAAUUUCCACACCAUUAUUCAUGAUUUUCUAAUUCAUUAUUACCAUAAGUGGGUUAUAUCACUUUGAUCUGAGGCGACAGCAGGGUGUAAAUCAAGCAGCCACUCCCAUCUCAGUGGAGAUUGAUUAUCCUGUGCAAAUUGGUCAUGUAUUUUACAGGCAUCCUGUAGUAAAUGACAUUACCCCAACUCCCCAUCUCUAACUACUGUACAUCACCCCCAUUCCUCCUAUAUAAUGACAGGGAGACCCUUUACAUGAGUCUCAAAAGUCAGUACAGUCUUAUUACAUUUCUUACAUUAAAUCUCACCUUAUAGGGACCUGUAGAAUAAUACACUGUACAGUAUGAUGUAUUUGUAUAGCACAACCAUAGAGGUUUUCCUGCUUUAAUUCUAAAGUACUUCUCUCAACCACAAGGGAACAAUCCAUCUGAAUGUACUGUGUGCAUGGCUGUCCGAAUCAUGUCUUGAUUUUACAUUAUUGUGUGGGGUAUGUAUGUUUUUAAUGUCUUUAUUUUGUAUACAGGACUCUAAACUAAUGUUUUAGACCAUGCUGUAAAGAAGGGAAUGCUUUUGUAAAUAUGUCUGGCUGCUAUAAAGGCUCUGAUCAUCUUUUCCCAUCUUCUUACUUAACUUGAAUUUACUUUUCAAGUCCUCUUUUGUCCCCUUUUCGCAUUUUUGUGCCUAAUUUUUACACUGUUCCCCACUGAAUAGUACCCACCAUCCACCUCUGACUGACAGAGGGUCGAUAGCUUUAAUGAUUUUAGAAUGAAAAAGGUAAAGAAACCUGUAAUUAAGCCUUGCCGUGAUUUAUGACUUCUUGUCAUUGCUGAAGUUUUGUAUAAAUGGAUAGGGGUGGUUCUGUUAAACUGAUGUGGCAUUAAGACACAGUACAAUCUGAGCAUUCCACAGUUAACAAUGCAAUUUUAGGGUUAAGUUUACUCAAAAAUGUGAAGAAAACUGCCCGAGUUUCUCAUCCACAUUUUCAUAUACAGGUAUAUCUGCAGAUGUGAUUGGCAGUCGUAGUUUAAACAGAAUGUACCUUUAGUUUUGGAAUUCUAGUGUCUCUCACUGAAGUUUGACUGCUAAUAAAAAAUGAAAUGGGUUCUAAA